AUGACCAGUGCAGCCCGGCUGCAGGCCCUGUGGAACCACCCCGCCGGGCCCAAGACCAUCCACUUCUGGGCACCCACCUUCAAGUGGGCCAUCACAUUUGCCAACAUCGCUGACUUCUCCCGCCCGGCAGAGCUGGUGUCCUAUCCUCAGCAGUGCGCUGUGACGGCCACGGGCCUCAUCUGGUCGCGCUUUGCCACCCAGAUCAAGCCGGUGAACUACAAUCUUCUGGCAGUGAACUGCUUCAUGGCAGCCACAGGCAUCUACCAGUUGUCACGAAAGAUCAAAUCCGACAUGGACCGGGAGAAGGCUUGA